UAAAAAAAAUCCACCACUAAGAACAGCCUUUCCCCUUUGUUUUCAUCAACGCUACCACCAAUCGCCCCCCCAAAAACCCCAAAUUCUCGCCCGCAGGCAAAUUAGGGUUUUACGAUGACAGAUCGAAACAACACCACCAUCACUGCCGCCGCUACCUCCACCACCAAUCACUCAGCUACUAAACCAAUAUGGAUGAAGCAAGCAGAGGAAGCAAAACUAAAAAGCGAGGCAGAAAAAACCGCAGCAGCGAAAGCUGCAUUCGACGCGACCUUCAAAGUAUUAUCAGACAAGGCUGAGAAGCCCGCGGAUUCAGAUUCCGAGGAGGAAGAUGCAGAGGAGGAUUUGGCCAAUAAACCAGUGGGACCAGUUGACCCCAAUAAGUGCACGGCGGCAGGGGGUGGCAUUGCCGGUGGGACCGCGUGUGCACCUGCCACGUUUAUGGUUGUUACUAAGGAUGCGGAUGGGAGGAAAGUUCCGAAUGGAGGCGCGGUGAUUAAGGUUAGGGUUUCACCGGGAGUGGGAGUUGGGGGAACGGAGCAAGAAGGGAAUGUGAAGGAUAUGGGAGAUGGGACAUACACGGUUACAUAUGUGGUGCCGAAAAGAGGGAAUUAUAUGGUUACUAUUGAGUGUAAUGGGAAAGCUAUUAUGGGGAGUCCUUUCCCUGUUUUCUUUAGUGCAGGCACUUCGACUGGAGGGUUGCUGGGUAUGGCUCCUACAACAACAUUUCCAAACCUUGUGAACCAGACCAUGCCUAACAUGCCAAAUUACUCGGCCAACAUUUCUGGGGCAUUCCCUGCAUUACUAGGAAUGACUCCAGGCAUUACUUCCAGUGCUUCAGGUGGUGCUAUUUUGCCUGGAGCUGGAGCAUCUCUUGGGGAAGUUUGUCGAGAGUACCUUUAUGGUCGGUGUGCAAAAACUGAUUGCAAGCUGAGUCACCCUCCACAGAGCUUACUGAUGACUUUGUUAGCCCCAACAACCUCAAUGGGGACUCUUAGUCAGGUGCCUAUGGCGCCUUCUGCAGCUGCAAUGGCUGCCGCCCAGGCUAUUGUUGCUGCCAAAGCUCUUCAAGCUCAUGCUGCUCAGUUGCAAGCGCAAGCUCGGUCAGCCAAAGAUUCAUCUGGAUCACCUGACAAAGCUCGGAAGGAGGAUGCACUGAAGAAAACACUCCACGUUAGCAAUCUCAGCCCGCUUCUGACAGUGGAACAGCUGAAACAACUGUUUAGCUUUUGUGGCACAGUUGUUGAAUGUACCAUUGCUGAUUCAAAACACUCUGCUUACAUAGAAUACUCGAAACCUGAAGAAGCAACUGCUGCUUUAGCAUUGAACAAUAUGGAUGUUGGGGGUCGGCCUUUGAAUGUUGAGACGGCUAAAUCUCUUCCUCAGAAACCUAUUUUGAACUCUUCCUUUGCUUCAUCUUCUCUGCCGAUGAUGAUGCAGCAAGCAGUUGCCAUGCAACAGAUGCAAUUUCAACAGGCUUUGCUUAUGCAGCAAACUAUGACUGCACAGCAGGCAGCUAACAAAGCUGCAACAAUGAAGUCGGCAACAGAGUUAGCAGCAGCUAGAGCUGCAGAAAUAAGUAAGAAGUUAAAAGAUGAUGGGCUUGUCACUGGAGAAGGGGAAACAAAAGCAGAAUCCAAGUCACCACCCCCGCCUCGAGCAAGGUCCAGAUCCAAGUCGAGAUCACCAAUUAAUUACCGAAGAAGAAUGAGGUCACCUUCUUACUCCCCCCCAUCCCGCCACAAUAGAGACCGUAGAUCUAGGUCCCCUGUGAGAUUUCGCUAUCACUCAAGGUAUAAUUACGAAAGACGAUCAUAUAGAGAUAGAGAUAGUAGAGAUGAUGGUGAUAGAACUAGAAGGCGGGAAUUGGAUAGAUCCCGUGAUCAUCAUUCACCUGUUUCAAGGAGAAAUAGGAGCAGGAGUGCAAGCCCUCGAACAAGAAAAUCCUACAGAGCUGAUUCAGGCUCGCCAAAACAUCGCCAAGAAAGUUCAGCUCAUAGAUCAAGAAAAGCAUCAGACAGUGGUUCAAGAUCACCUAGGCAUCAUGGAGGAAGUCGAUCAUCCCCAAGGAACAACCCAGAUAGCAAGCUCAGGUACAGAAGGCGCUCACGCUCUAGGUCCAAAUCGGUGGAGGAGGCCAAUGACAAAGUGGAUGAAAUCCGAGAAAAAAAGUCUAAGCAGCAUGAGAGGAGGUCUAGGUCAUUAUCUGUGGAGCUUAAACACCAUGGAAGGAGGCCAUCCCCUAGAAGUUCAAAUGAAGAUGACUCGAAGCACAGAAGUCGGUCCAGGUCAAAAUCUGUGGAAGUUAAACGCCAUUCCAAUGAGAAAGUAGACAAAACUGGGGAUGGAAAGCUGAAGCACCGUCAUAGGAGGUCCAGGUCAAAAUCUGUUGAUGAUAGGCAUCAUUACAAAGAGAGGGGAAAUGAAACCAGGGAUAAAAAAACAAAGCAUCAAGAUAGAGGGCGGUCUAGAUCAAUAACUGCAGAGGGAAAGCAUCACAGAAGUAGGUCAUCCCCAAGAGGUAGGGAUGGGAGCAAGUCAAAGCACAGACGGCACUCCAGGUCAAUAUCUCCAGAAGGCAAGCGGCGGUCCAGUCACAGGGUAGAUCAAAAUAAAGAUGAAAAGUCUAAGCACCGCCAUAGACGAAGGUCACCAUCCGCUGAAGGUAAACACGGCAGAUCUCCAAGAAGUUCAGAGGAAAAUAAAUCAAAACACAGGAGGCGCCCUAGGUCAAAAUCUGCCGAACGUAAACGUCAUUCAAAUGAUGAGAAGGAUAUUAGAAGAGGGGAAAAUGAGACUCAUCAUGAGCAUGGAUCAGACAAAACAGAAGAUGCCAAUGAGGAAAAAAAAUAUUUUAUGAAUGAAGAAAUGGUGGAUUUAAAACAUAAAGGUUGUGAUUCAAAGGAACUGGUGGAAGACAUGGUAACGGGGAGCAAUGGUUUGCCAAAUUCAAGCAAUGAAGAACCAUAGUUACUGAAAGUUGAACAUCCAAAGCUGAACUCAAAUGAAUUUGAAGAGCGUAAGAGAACUGAAGUUAAUGUUUGAGGACAGCAUAUAAUGCUUGGAAGAGAAGCUGUUUUUCACGGAAGGCUCUUUUUUAUGUUUUGUUUUGCUGUGCACCUAUUUGAGAAGCUUGCAGAGACGCAUGAACUUAAUUCCAGCAGAAUCAGCCUUUGCUCGCAUGAAGGGCGAUUCUUACAGAAGAUUUCUUGAUGUUCUUUGGUUGUUGGAUUUUUCUGCCAGCUUUGGCUCCUCAUAAAUAUGCGCACUUGUGUGUUUGUUUAUCUUUUGCAGGUUCACUUGUAACAAAUUGGAACUAGAGUCUUUAAGGCUGGGCUGACCAUGAUAAGGAUUAUAUGUUUCAAAUGGUGUUCUGCUGUCAUCCGGGUCAACCAUUCAAUCUUUCUAGCAAAGCUUCUAUUACUGCUAGAUGUUAUACAUGAUGUUUCCAUUGGAGCUGCCGACAUCAAUGAAAGGAUUGUUGAUAUUUACUGAUGUAAUGAAGGUAUGCUGUCAGUAGAGUGGGACGGCUAUCUGUUGAGCUUUCCACCAGUCAUGGCAUUUUUAGACUUUUACUAAAUUCAAUUGGAUGGAUGUGUCUGUAGUCAAUACUUGUGUAACUUGGGCCAACAUGUUUUAAAACCCAGUGUCUUAUUCCUUUCCCAUCUUUUUCCUUUUUUCCUUUUCCUUUCUUUUCUCCUUCCAAAGGUGUCUGUGUUAGCGAAGCUAUUUUUGAGGUCAAGUGAAACCAGAGUCGCUGGGAUGAAUAACAUUACAGUUGCACAAUGUUGUACAUGAGCAGACUGGGUGACUAAAUUUUUCAGUGAAAUGCAGAUUUUUUUUUCCACAGGUAAUUUCUAUUCAACUGUUAGGAUGAGUUCUGUUUCAUGAUAAAGCUUCACUAAUGCUUGUGUCUUCCACGCAGAUGAUUCUAAAUAUUGACACUGCUUUCUCUAGUGAUUGAAAACAGGAACUUUAUGUUUGGCCAAAAUGAUUCAACUUUAGUUUGGAAUUAUAAAUGUGCUUAGAGGUGCUCUUUCUCUGUUGCGUCCUUCUGUUCUUCAGAUCCACUUUUAUAUGAUUGCUCUGUUUCAAGUGGCUAGUUUCGGCAGAGGUGUUUAGGGCCUGCCCUGUACUGUAAGUGCCAUUUAGUUGUAAAUAUUUGAGCGUCAAACAAGUUUUCUUGAAAUUUGACCUUGAUUAUUAAUUUACCAAAUAGUCUCUGUGUACAUCAAAAUGCAGAUUAAUUCACGAGUUUCCUUUUCUUUUUCCCUUUUCGGUUGUUUGGGGUGGGGUGGGGUUGUGAAGAUAGGAGAGGAAGAGAAUGAGUAAAACACAAAAGGGGGAAAAAAUGCAAUGUUGGCCGUGGUGGGUUUAUCCAAUGUUUUGGUCUCCCUAUGAGCUGUACUUGUCAAUGUUAAUUUCAGGAGAUACAGGCGAGUUGGCUGGUGAGAGGAGUGGAAAAUGGGUGUUAAUCGGAAGGAUUAGUCUUCCUGCCGUGAGAUGAUGAGAGAGGAUGGCAUGAAAGCUGAAGCAAUGGGUCCCUUUGGUGUGAUGAGGAACUAGCUGUCCAUAAGAUGAAAGUUGUUGCGUCGUCCUUCUACCCUUGCCUCUUUUCUUUUUUCUUUUCUUCGUUUUCCUCUCCUCUUUCUCUCCCUCCCUUUUUUUUUCCUUUCUCAGUCAGUGGUGCGAGGACUGCUUUAAGGAAGGGCUCCACGGCAUCCUUGAUAUAAGCAUUUGCCUAUGUGUGUGCUGUUUUCAUGUCUGCUGUGUUGUGUAUUGUUUCUGUCUGCUUUGUGUCUCAGUUUUGUCUGCAAGGGAUUAUCAAACACUCGAAUAGCCGAGGAAUGUUAUGAUUAUGGUUUUUUGAUUCUGCGUCGUUCGAUGUUAGAUUGAGCUCA